UGUGUAGUCCGGGCGCUCUCGCAAGUCGCAGUCCGUGCAUGACCCUCAGUGAGCGCGGUGGUCGCGCUGCAGCGCGGCAGAAUGUCGUCUAUCUCCGCGCUGUUGUUCGUACUGUUGAUGGCCGUGUCCGCGUAUGCCGACGAGAGCGGCGUCUGCAAUUUGGCUUAUUGCAAAUGUGAGCCAGCAAAACAUCCCUCAUGGACCACGAUUAACUGCACCGUUCCCAACACCCAGAAACUGGUAAUACUGGAUGGCGACCUUCCCGACAACACGGACAGUUUGACUGUAACCGGAGCCAAUGCUUUGACAAUAGGAGCGAACGCACUAUCAAGACUCAAAGACGCCAGAUACAUUCAUCUAUCGAAAAUUCAUUCCAUACUAAUGAAGAGCUUUGCCGCUGUCGACCUUAAUAUCGUUAGUCUCUUCCUGAAAAUAGAAAGUUGCGUUUCGGUACGCAUCGAGAAGAAAUCCUUCAUCGGCAUCAAAGGCCCUCUUUCCGUGAGCUUCGAAGACUGUGAUUACGUUUCUCUAGAUGGAAGAACAUUUUCGUGGCUGUUAUCUCUUAAAAUAUUCGGAGUUCGUUUGUUGCAAUUGGCGCCAGAGGCGUUUAUGUUGGAUCCAACAGCAGCUAACGUAGGUGAACACGGACCAGGGAUGAUGAUCGAAAUGAGGAAUGUAGUUAUUCCGAAAUUUCCUGAAAAAACAUUCGGCUCAUCUGCUGCAUUAAUCAAGAUGGAACGGGUCUCCGUACACACUUUACACACGGGAGCCUUUGUUGCUAACACUUACAACAUCGUGAUGGCAAUCAAUUGCUCUUUCCACCUGAUCGAAGGCGAAACAUUUGCACCGAAGUCCCUCAUUAAUAAUUUACAUCUUUAUGGUUGCCAAGUACAUGUUUUUGCCUCGAAGGCACUGCAGUCUGCUGUAGCUAAUUUAAAUAUUUCAAAAUCCAGAUUCGAAAAUAUACAAACAGGCGCGAUAAACGCUACUGUAGUUGCAGUCAUAAUCGUGGAUAGUACGUUCAAAGUAUUUAAAGAUAGGGGAUUCGAACUAUCUUCUUGGAAUAAGUUACAAAUGGAAAGGAACUCGUUUGAUGAAUUGGCUCCAAACGCUAUUGUGGCUCCGGGAGGAUCAGUCCACGAAUUAAUCUUUGUAGAAAAUGAAAUAGAGAAAAUUAAUCCUGGAAGCCUUGGAUUCAUUGGUCAAGCAUAUUCAAAGUACGCGGCAAAUGUGAUUUAUAAAAACAAUUAUUUUGGACAUCCUUGUUACUGUAAUAUGACAUCUUUACUGGCAGAAGGUUUAGGAGCCAGUUCAAAAGAUUUUUUUGAAAACGAAAGUUAUUGCACUGUAAACGAAAUUUUUGCUCGAUGCUUUAAAGUGCCGGAACAAAAUAUGUUGCUCAAACAAUUUUCUGAUAAAGUUUGUGAUCAGAAUUUAACUCAUAUACAGUGUGUACCUUAUAAGGGCAACGAAACUGCAACAGAAAUAAAAAAUCCAAGAUUUCCGCACAAAAAAGAGGAGGAGGAAGGUUUAAGUGAGAGAAAUAAAAAAGUUAUCGGGAUUGUAAUUGUCACUGCCAUAGGAUGUAUUAUUAUUGUGAUGUUCAUAAGUUUUAUUAGAUGGAUGAGACGACGCGGUCAUUGUGUUAGUAUUAAAAAUUUCCUCAUAUCAUCUAAUUCAUCUUGUGGUGCUCUUUGCGAUCGUUUAUGCACAUGUGGAUUAAAUCACGGCAUCGAUAAUGCUAGAUCCAUUUCACAAUUAUCUGUCAAUGAAUAUUCAGAGAGACAUCGUCUCAAUGAAAUGCGAGUCCAAGAUACAACUCAAGAGACUAUUAUCCCCAACUCUUAUAACGACGAUGUAUUACCGACAGAAAAUAAAACUACACAAACGUUACCCGAAGAGCUAACAAAAGAAUUAUUGGAAAAUCUACGGGAGAAACUUGAAGAUCCUGAAAAUUACGUUGAAGCCCGUGAAAUGAUAGAACAUUUAUAUGAACUUAUAAAAGUUGAAGAGAGCUGUAAUAACAAUACAACGUCACUACUAAAUGCUGAAGAGAAUAUUUACGAAUUGCCAUUCCAAAAUACAACACCACGCAUUGGGAAAAAUAAAAAGCAAAUGAUAAGUAUUGGUACACGCACUCCAUCCUUGGACAAAUUGAUGCCCCUGUCACCCUACAAUAGACAAACGGCACUUGCGCAUGAAUAUUUUGAACCAAAAGAUUUUGCUGUCCACCUUUAUGCGGAAAUAGCAAAUUGUGAAAAAGAAAAGAAAAGUCGUUUUGGCGACAUGCCCGAUGUAGUUGCCGAGCAAGCCAUUCCUCGGGGACCAUAUCUAAGAGCAGUCCGUGAAAAAAAGCAUCCGAGUAGUAGUCCCACGUCGAAAGCGUUUAACAACUCGAUCGGUAGUCCAAAUUUUACAUCAACAAUUAAAUCUACCAAUUCAACGACGUCGAAUAAAUCUGGUAAAAUGUCAAAUAGGCCUCUACCAGAGAAACCAGCUGUGAUUGACCCUGGCGAAGGCACGUCCUUCCGACACGGAUGAAUCUUUAUCAACAUGUCCCUGAAGUCCUAUCGCUAGUAAAAAAAAGAGCUGAACACGAUUGGCGACCUGCACUCGAGUUCGUCAGGCGACAGAAAGUUGAUAAUCGUUUUGUAAAACAUGUACAUUCGCGACGUUGGCUUAAAGUUCUUUUGCUGUGAUAUUUAUUUAGUUUGUUUAUAUUUUUAAAGUUUUUUGCUGAUUUAUUGUGUCCUGCCAGACACUGUUGUACUUUUAUUAUGUAAAUAUUUUUUAAGUGAAGCCAUAAAUUAGCCUAAAUAGGACAUCUAAUGCUUUUUCUGUAUCAUGUAUUACACGUUUCUAUAACAUAAUCAAAACAUAUAAUAUAAAUGUUAAUCUUGUAAUACCACAGUUAAUGGUAACCUUAUCUAAAACUUUUAAUACCAAAUUAAUGUUACCCAGAUAGGAUGAUGAAGCCAUUAUGUUAAUUUCGUUAUACUGAAGUAUAUAUAUUUUAAUAUGUUAAUGCAUUAUGAUCCCAAAGGUUAGUAAAUUAUAUAAGAAAGUUUUGUCCAAUUAUAAAAAAAUCGUAUUCAGAUAUGUAUGUAUAUAUUGUUUUCUGUAAUCUGCAUUUGAUUAAGAUGAUAAAAUUUGAUACUACCCGACAAAAAAAUGUUAUAUCGAACUAACUAAUAGAACUACAUAUUUUCCAUACAUUUCGAAUAAUACUUACAAAUUUCUAUGUUCGGGAGCUUUUCAUCCAUCACACUAUUUAAAUCUAAUAGAUAAUAUUUAAUAAAAUUUAUUGAUGUAAAUGUAAUCUUAAGCAAAUGUAACAAAUUAAAUGAAGCUUCGUAUUUGAUAUUUAAAUAUAUAUUAUUAGAAGAGGUUGUAAUACUAGCUUCGAAUAUUUAAAAAUAUUUGGUCUCAUGCAUUUUAUUUAAUAAUUAGAUUGAAAUGCGUUUUAUGUUGUAGGCAAAUAACCGAUACCGGUUUAAUAUAUGUAUGUGUUAUUCCAUUAAUGUUACGUAUAAAAUAAAUGUUGGAUGUGAAGCAGA